GAAUCUCAUUCCUUGCAAUGGUUUCUAUGUGUUAUUGUUCAUGAUUUGUAGUUUAUUGUUCAUUUUCUACUAUUUUGAAUGUGAAAUUUGCUUCAGAUCAAACUAGGGUUUGCUUAGAUCCAUAAAAGCUUCAUAUUUACAGAGAAAAGUUGGGUCUUUCUGGGAGAUUUGAUGCAUUUGAAUCAAUGGUUGCUUAAAUUUUGAAUCUUGAUGCCAUUUUUCAAGGCUAUGGUAUUCUUAUGAAUGUAUUAGUUGAAUUUGUGCGAAUUAGAAGAAGCUAUGGUUGUUGUCUGGCUUGAAUUUUGUAUAUUUGUGUGGAUGUUGAUAGCUUGGUAUGUAUAAUUUCUGUUGAAGAGGAGUUUUGUGGGAAAGUGGACAUUGAAGAAGGAUUAGAUUGAGGAUUAAGUUAUUGCUUGGAAGAAGGAGCUAAUGAUUUGGAAGGAGAAAUGGCAGCUGGGGCUGAUUUGUCACCUACUUUUACAAUGCUAGAUGGUGCAUAUAGAAGCAAGGAGAAUGUGUCUUCCAUCGAGAGUGAGGAUCCUGGUACAUUGGAAGGCUUGAAAGAAAUGAAGGUCGGAAAGCCCCCUCGACUACUUCCUGUUAUUCGGCAUUGCGUGAGCACUACCUGGCUGUCACCUGAUUUAGAAUUUGGCAUUCGGAAUCCCUCAGGCUUGACUUCUCCGUCUGAUGAUCAGACGAAGUUCUUACCUGUGUUUCGAUCAGGAAGUUACUCUGAGAUUGGUCCAAAGCAAUGCAUGGAAGACGAACACAUUCGGAUAGAUAAUCUUAUUGAUCAUGUUGGAGCAGCAGUGAAUUUCCCUUCACCGGGCGCUUUCUAUGGGGUAUUUGAUGGUCAUGGUGGCAUUGAUGCAGCAUCUUUUGUGCGAAAGAACAUUCUAAAGUUCAUAAUUGAGGAUACACAUUUUCCUGCUUCUGUGGAGAAGGCCAUAAGAAGUGCAUUUGUGAAAAUUGAUCAUGCAUUUGCUGAUGACUGUCACUUGGACCGCUCUUCUGGCACUACAGCACUCACUGCUCUUAUAUUUGGAAGGACUAUGCUUAUUGCCAAUGCUGGUGAUUGCCGAGCUGUAUUAGGGAAGCGAGGACGAGCUGUUGAGCUUUCCAGAGACCACAAGCCCAACUGUUACACUGAAAGGCUUCGAAUCGAGAAGCUAGGAGGUACAAUAUUUGAUGGAUAUCUGAAUGGCCAACUUUCAGUAGCAAGAGCAAUUGGUGACUGGCACAUGAAAGGCUCGAAAGGAUCUAACUGCCCUCUAAGUGCAGAGCCUGAAUUGCAGGACUUGACAUUAACAGAAGAAGAUGAGUUCCUAAUUAUGGGUUGUGAUGGUCUAUGGGAUGUGAUGAGCAGCCAAUGUGCAGUGACAUUAGUCCGGAAGGAGCUCAUGCUGCACAAUGAUCCAGAGAGGUGCUCAAAGGAGCUCGUCCAGGAGGCUCUUAAUCGAAACUCUUGCGAUAAUCUGACUGUUGUUGUGAUAUGCUUCUCAACCGAUCCACCUCCACGCAUCGAUAUACCAAAAACCAGAGUGAGGAAGAGUAUUUCAUUGGAAGGAUUGCAUCUUCUGAAAGGAGCUUUGGACAGUGAUAUCUGAAUACUUGGCUACUACUGUCUGUGCAUAAGCGGGAGGCCGAGUUUUUUUUUUAAUAAUAUUAAUAAAGCAUGAUGGGGGGCCAUGGUAAUGUGACUUUGUGCGUGUGAGUAUGUUUUUGUUUCUUUCCAUUUUUGGUCUUGAGGCUGUAGGUUAAUCUUGUACAUUUGAGAUCACAUUAUUUGUCUUUGUGAUGACUGAUCCAGUCUUGCUUGGC